CGAUGGCGUGUAUGGGAUGUAUUGAUGACAUGCGUAGGCUCCAUCAUACUCCGCGCUGCGGGGACUCGAGCACCUUACUGUCCUCGAUCUCUCGGCCAACAGGCUCGUAACGACGAUGGGCAUUCCAACGCUGCCUGCUCUCAAGGAGCUCUCCCUCGCUUACAACGCGCUCACGGUUCUUGACGGUCUUCUCGACCCUCUCAAGCUGCCUCAACUGGAGAUCCUGGAUCUUCGUGACAACCAAAUCGCUCACAUUGACGACCUCCGACCGCUCUUUUACCUCCAGAAUUUGCGAAGUCUCCGGCUGCAAACGUUUAGCAAGAGCCAAUCGAAUCCCGUGUGCUCGACGACAGCCUACCCCAUCUCUCUGCUUGACCAAAUGUCGGCUCUCGAUGUGCUCGACGACGAAGACGUCGAAGUGCUUCGCGAGAUGGCAGCGCUGGCUAUGCCCCGCUACAACACGCUUGCACAGGCCGUGCUGCGAAGGGCCGACGCAGCGUCGCCCGCUGCUUCUUCGCGCUCCGAGCCCGACGCGCUUGAAAGUCGCGUUCGGCGCCUCGAAGAGCGCAAUCGAUCGCCAGUCGCCAACAGCCUCCCAAAGCCACCGGUCUUGACAGAAAUUGAUGCAGAGAUCAACCGCGCCAAGCAGAACCUUCGCGAGCUCCACCACCAAAGUUUGCGGAAGCGGCCUCCACCGAUCAGUGUCUUUGUCGAGACCGAGACGCGUCACGGGUAUCGUUUCCAGACCAAAGACGCUGACGAUGACGUCGCCCCGUCACCGCCUGCUUCUCCAAAAAAGACUUUUCCAAGUUUAGCUCGUUGGGUGCACCAAGGCUCGCAGUGCAUGCCAGAAGCGAGUGCUUGUGCCAGCCAAACGGAUUUGACCAGCGACAAAAUUGAGGCCCUCGAGUGCGAUUUGGCGGUCAUGACGACCCGAGCGCAAACAGCGGAAGAUAGCGUGCUACAACUGACCGCAGCCAACUCCACUUUGACGUUCAACGUCGCAGACGUACAAGCCCAACUUCAAGCAGCUGAAAAGACACGAACUGCUGACGAAGACUAUCAAGCACAACGCAUGACAGGACUCCAAAAGAGCCAUGUGGAAGUUGUCGAAGGACUCCAGGCUGACAUUGACCGUGUCACGCAGCAGUUGGCGACAAGCCAAGCAAGCCUGCGCGCGUCUGAAGCACAAGUGGCCUACUGGAUGCAAGAGCACAGUGCGCUCAAGAGCAAAGACCUUGCCUUGGAGUUGGCUGUGGCAGAAGCAAAGGCUACACUGGAUGCUGCAACAAAGACCCACGCCUCAGCCCUUCAAGACAAAAUGCACGCGCACACGAUGGCCGUGCAGCAGUUAAGGCGCGAGCUUGCAGAUACGUCUGCGUCUUUGGAAGACGUGUACGCAAAGUAUGCAGCCAAGGAGAAGGAAGUACUGCAAUUGCGCAAUGCCGUCUUGGCCAAAACGAGCGACCUCGACUCUGGUACCUUUCGGCACCGCGAAGAAUGGCAGCGUCGCGAGACUGAGUGGAAGCGCCAGGAGCAAAUGCUGCUCCGGCACUCGGCGAUAGCGGUGCAAGAAAUGGAGCUCGAGUUUCGUCAGAAGCAGCAAGACUCAAUUUUAAAGAUCAAGCACCUACAACAAGCGCUGCAGAAAGCAAUGGCCGAUGGCAAGGCAUGGGAGCUCAAGUCUUCGGCAGCAACGGGGCGUGUUGCAGACCUUUCAGCAAGCCAUUCGACUCUUUCGUCCCAACUCCAGUCGAUGAACAAGCGCGUAAAGAAGAUGCAAGAGUCGUUCGAGCAGCAAAUGACCGAGCUUCAAGAUACCAUCGAUCAUCUCGAGCACCAAGUCGACGAUGAGCGCUCGCAGCGACUCGCCGCCGAAGAGGCAGCAGCCAGCGCACUGUCCAGGUCCGCGUCGACAGGCGAUGUCAUCGAAGCACUCGAGACACAACUCCGGGACGCCAACGCGCUCGUUCAAGUCAAGAACGUCAUGCUGGACGACCAAAGUCGACUUCUUUUGGACGCCCGUCCGGAAAAGGACGCUUUGGUCGUCGCAUUGGACGACAUGCGGGGUCGCGUCGACGAGAUAGAAGCAGCACUUGACGAUAGCCUUGCAGCACAGGCCGAGAUGGCAGAGUACCAGAGAGAGGUCGAGGCGCGUGCACGACAAGUCGAGUCGGAAGCCGCGCGGCUGCAAGACAUGGAUCGUAUUCACGAGGAGCUCGCGACAAAGGAGGCGGCGCUCGAGUACCUCGAGGGUGAGCUCCAUCACCUCCGCAAGACGGUCACCAAGCAAGAGGCUUGGAGCUCCGAAAAGAUCGCGCAGCUUGAGACAUCCCACACAGCGCGUCAAGCCGAGCUUAAUACGCAGGCCGAGGCGCUGAAAAGCGAGGUUGGCAGCCUCGAAGCCAAGCUUAAAGUCGCAGCCCAUCAGCUCCAAGCCGCAAAGCAUCAACACCACCACAUGCAGAAGCGCUUGUACGAGUACCAAACGCGCCUACAGUCGACCGAGCACGAGAUGAAGGUCGUCCUUCUCCAGAUGGAGAAGGAGCGUGAUGCGAAGCGCCAGCACAUGGACGAGAUCGCGCGUCUCGUGCAAAAGAUCCACGACGGAGCACCCUAGAGUUGCACGAACUGUCUAUUAUACACGUCUACGCCGAGUCCGAGUCGCUCUGCUGGUUGGUCUGCCGCGACGCCUUCUUGGUCUUUCGCGGCUUUCGCACGGGACUCAUAAUCGUAUCGUACGUGUUGGGCACGGCGGCAGCGUUGUCGUCGUCGUCACUGUCCUGCACCUCGUUGCGGCCAUCUUCGUCCGCUUGGUUGUCGACGCG